UUUGGGAAAAAUUUUUGAAAAUGCACGGAUUUGAUUCUUUCAAUCGAAAAAAUCCUCACCAGCUACGAUGCAUUCCUCAUAAUUUACUUCCUCCACAAAAAAUUCUGGUCACUGGCACUCCUGCUUUCAAAACCGUCAAUCAAAUAGAUCCAGAGGUACUUCACCAGUAUGACAAUUUUUACCAUACCACGAAGAGCUUGCUGGUAUUGUUUCAGAUCAUGGGUGUUAUGCCCAUUGAAAGGGAAGUUGGAAGAACAACAUACAGGUGGUUAUCUCCAACAAAUUUGUGGGCAUAUUUCAUAUUCACUAUUGAAACAAUACUAGUCAGUAUUGUUUUCAAGGAGAGACUGAAGUUGGUUUUAUUACCAGGAAAAAGAUUCGAUGAAUACAUUUACGCCAUAAUUUUUCUGAGCAUUUUGAUACCGCAUUUCCUUCUACCGAUUGGGGCCUGGACGAACGGAUCCGAAGUUGCAAAGUUCAAAAAUAUGUGGACCAAAUUCCAAUACAAAUACUUCACAGUAACGGGAACCCCGGUUGUAUUCCGAAAUUUAUCUGCCAUCACGAUCUCUUUGUGUAUAGUCUCAUGGAUUGUCGGUAUCGUGAUUAUGUUGGCUCAAUACUAUCUUCAACCGGACAUGCUUCUAUGGCACACUUUUGGGUAUUACCAUAUUUUGGCGAUGCUCAAUUGUCUCUGCUGUUUAUGGUUCAUUAAUUGCACCGCUAAAGGAAGGGUGGCUGGUUGGUUGGCAGAAAACUUACAUAAUGCCCUACAAUCCACAGACCCAGCUUCGAAGCUAGCAGAGUAUAGAGAUUUAUGGGUAGAUCUGUCACAUAUGAUGCAACAGUUGGGAAAAGCUUACAGCGGAAUGUACGGCAUGUACUGCAUUUUAAUUCUUCUAACCACCAUAGUCGCAAGUUACGGAUGCCUGACGGAGAUUUUGGACCAAGGGCUGUCAUUCAAAGAAGCGGGAUUAUUUCUGAUAUCGUUUUAUUGCAUGUCGCUGCUUUUCAUCAUUUGCAACGAGGCGCAUAGUGCCUCCCAUAAAAUGGGAGCGGAGUUUCGGGAAAGAUUACUCAACGUCAAUUUGGCUGCAGUAGACAACCGAACGAGACAAGAGGUGAACAUGUUCCUCACAGCCAUAGACAAAAAUCCACCUAUAAUGAAUCUAAAUGGAUACGCCAAUAUAAACAGGAAGCUGAUAUCAUCGACGGUGACAUCGAUGGCCACCUACUUGGUGAUGCUUAUGCAGUUUCGGUUGUCUCUGAUGAGAAAUGUCUCUAUCGCCUUGAAAAGAGCAACGCAAGGAGCAGCAGUAAACUCAACCCCAUUCGAAAACACCACCAUCUCCUAAGAA